GGGGGAGCGCGCUCUUGCUCGGCCGCAGUCCUCAUCGCCGCGCCUUCGUAUGAGCCGUGUGUCGCUGCCGGCCUCCCCCCGCACCCCGCGACGAGCCGUCUCACCCGCAUUCUAGUUGUGGGUGUCGCGCCGUGCAGUCCUCGCGUGUGCCGCUCAACUUAGUGCGCCGUUUGUGAGUGCUUUAUAUCCCGCACGAGUGUCAGUGUGACGGAGGAUCCCGUGCCACCCCGCGGAGGAUGUUAACAGCGCACGGUAGCAGCUGUUGACGUCCGCAGAAGCAGCCAGCCCAAAGGCAACUCUUUUUCUCGCCCCCCGCUCCCCGCAUCCCCUUCCAAGAUUGCUGCCACCAUGGGUCGGAAGAAAAUACAAAUAUCCCGUAUUACGGACGAACGGAAUCGACAGGUGACUUUCAACAAGCGUAAAUUUGGUGUGAUGAAGAAAGCUUAUGAGCUCAGCGUGCUAUGUGACUGCGAAAUCGCCCUCAUUAUCUUCAGCUCCAACAACAAACUCUACCAAUAUGCCAGCACUGAUAUGGACAAGGUUCUUUUGAAAUACACGGAAUACAACGAGCCACACGAGUCUUUGACAAACCGCAACAUCAUCGAGGCACUAACGAAGAAAGAGCAUAAGAACGGAGUGAUGUCACCGGACAGCCCGGAGGCGGAACCCGAAUACAACCUGACCCCGAGGACCGAGGCGAAGUACUCCAAGAUCGAUGAGGAAUUCCAAAUGAUGAUGCAAAGGAACCAGUUGAACGGCAGCCGAGUCGGUGUGGGCGUGACGGGAAGCAACUACAAUCUCCCCGUGAGCGUCCCAGUCGGCAACUAUGAACAGACACUACUGCAAGCUAGUCCACAAAUGCAUACCUCUAUCAGUCCACGGCCCUCUUCUUCGGAAACCGAUUCAGUAUACCCAAGCGGCGGAAUGCUAGAGAUGUCAAACGGCUACCCCGGAUCUGGAUCUCCUCUCGACGCCGGCUGCACACCGUCCCCUUCACCAGGGCCGGCGCCGUCGCCUCACCGACACGGCCACAAGUCACAUGGACACGCACCGCCGCCGCAUCACUCGCCGAGACACAACAAUCUGCGCGUCGUCAUACCAAGCUCUAUGCCGCCGCCGCAGGAUGACAUAUCUUACGCUGGCGAGGUGAUUACACCACUCGGUUACUCAGGACUCGGCAACUUCGGACCACAGGACUUCAGCAUCAACUCGGACAUGGGCAUCGGACUGACGUGGGGAGCACACCAGCUGCAGACCCUUCAGCACAACAGGUACAUUAGCAGCUUGCCAGUGCUGGGCGGCGGAGGCACGCCCCCCCCAGCCGCGUCGCCUAGCAACGUGAAGAUCAAAGCGGAGCCGGUGUCGCCGCCGCGUGCGCCUGACCACAUGCACCGCGGCCCGCCUCCUGCGCCCGCGCCGCAGCCCGCACAUCUAUCUGGAGUUAUUGAUGUGUAUCGGCACGUUGCAGGUUCAGUAUCGUCGAGCAACAUGGGCUCGCCCGCCGGGCAGGACAUGCGGCACUCGAGCGCGGUGCCGCUGGACUACGAGCAGCCGCACACGAAGCGGCCGCGGAUCGAGGGCUGGGCCACAUAGCUAGGCUAUGAGGCCUUCGGCGCGUACCCGAGGCCCCUGCACCCGCACUGCUAAGCCGAGCGAGGCACAAGCACCUCACGCCCCGCGCGGCCCUUCUCUAUCGAGCUUCGGUCACCGUCCUCCGACAACCCGCGGCACAGUGCUAAUCUUAUCACUCCAAAAGUCUGAUAAGCAAAAGGUGCAUCCAUAAACGGUGCUUAAAUUUUUGAUGGCACGGUCGACUAACUUUCUCCAAUGAGAAUCGAGUCCCACUUUCUGGGCGAACUUGUAUGUUACAUAUUCGUAGAUCUCUAAUGGGAUCCUAUAUAAUUGAAUGUUCAACUUUACACUACCCUCUAUUAAUACGUAAUUAAUUAUUGUAAUGCACACGAGUACACUAAAGAUUAAGAUUAAAUGUUAAAAUUAAGUACAAUAGCAACCCUUCAGAACAAUUUUGAACUUUAAGUACAUAUAGAUAGAUAUUGAAUUCCCCUGUAAAUAGAUGACAUUAUAUGUGCAAUCCGUGCCAUUGUCUGUUUAGCUUAAAGUUAGUCAAUUUAAAGAUUAGUGAGUGUAAGGUAAUAGUGCACGACGUUGAAGUUGAGUGCUCCUGCGAAGCUGACGGUAGUGCGAUGGACACAGACCACAGUAACGUGUCAAGUGCGAUGAACACUAUAAACAAACGACUGUUGACUUUUUGUGUUAGUGUUUUAAAAAGUUUUUUGUGCCAUUUUAAAAAUUAUUAUAAUAGUGUGACAUCCGAACUUGAAUCUGUAAAUUAGUAGUCGUAGUGUCAUCACAGAAGAUAAUAAAUUAUAUGUAUUGUAAAAUCUACUUUAUCUAUUGACAUAUUUAUACAUGAGAAUCAUAAUGAUAUUUACAUAAUAUGUAUACACGUCCCGUUAGGAACGAAUGUUAUGUAAGUAAGUAGGUAAUGUUAGCUAGAGAUGAGUAUAUAAAGGUACCACACGAAGCUUUAAAAUUUCUUAUGAUAACACUUGCACUCUAAGCAGAUUUUGUAAGUAAACACAGUUUAUAUCGUAAACGUUUAGAACUCUUGACAUUUCGACACUUUGUUUGAGUCAAAAUUAUAUUGCAUCUUUUUCUGGAUUUUGCUUUGGGCUAUUAUCAAAUAGCAAUGCAAGAUGUACAAUAUUCGGAAAAAGAGUACUUCACAAGUUUGAUUUUAUUCUGAUUAAUCUAUGCUUCGAUCAUUACCUUAUACUGUAAAUCCCAUUCAUAAUAAUAAUGAUGUAUGUAUGGUCGUAUCUCGUUGCAGACCAAAAUAUUAUCGAGUCAAUUUUGAAUAUCAUAUUUAUGUAAUUACUUGUUAAGUAUGUGUAGGUUUAUUUAGUGGCUAUAAUGGGUUACAAAAAUGAAUGGAACAACUUUGUUGAUAGUACUUUUUAUUUUGUUAAUGUGAUCUGAAGUAAGUUUAAUUUCUACUUAAAUAAAAUUAAUGCUAGUAGCUAUUGUAACAGUGAACAAUAUACCUACAAGUCAGCUUUAAGCACAUACAAAAUUAUAUUUUACAUUAAAAUAUUUACACUAAAAAUAUGCACUAUAUCACGGUCCGCCCUAUUUUUAGAUGAUAUUGUCUGAAAGAAAACUGUACAUUGUGUCGUCCAUAGUUCAUAAUCCCCCAUUCUCCCCUAGACGCUGCUUUCCCUCCUGUAGCACGAGUCCUGUCACCUCCGGCCUCUCAGUGCUCACACUGAAGGUGCCCACUUGUUCCCCCUCUCCCCUCCCCAUAUCGUCUCACUGUAGUUGCCUUACUCACAGUGCCUAAAUGUACCAUUUUGUACCAAAAUUUGUAUGUUAUAGCAUUUUUGCUUUAAUAUUCACAUCCUGGUAAUCUUAAGUCAUUCGAAGAUGUCAAUUGUUCAGAUCGUAGUUGGCGUUCAUGUUAGAGGACAGUCAGAGUCGAAAGUAAAAAGAGUAAAACUAACAUUUUAGAUGUACGCUGGAUGUCAUAAUUAUAUAUAAAUGUUUCCUGCUUUUUAGAGUUUGUGACAUCUGCCCCUGCAACUGUAACUCUUUUCAUUUUUGUACUCGACUGUACGAAAGCUCUACGAUCAGAACGAUGCCUAUAAUAUAUUUCUGUACCACAUUUGUCAGUCAAACUGUAUAAAUGUGAUUAUAAAUAUAAAAAAUAUAUACUUAUGUAUAAGUGUAACGAACAACUUUGCAUCAUAGUAUAUCUUUAGAUAAACCUUCAAAUCACAGUAACAAAAUGUUAAAAUGUACAUUUGUUAAAUUUGUACAGGGAGUUAUCCAUUUAUUGAAGUUCAAAAGUCUGAACGCAUAAGAAUAUUUAAAAAAUAAAAUGUAUUUUCGCAUUGUAAAAUAAGUACACGGUUAGGUUUAACGAAUUAAUAUUUUAUUACCGGAACAUAAUGGAUGUUGACCCGUUUAUAGGGAACUAUUGUAAUGAUCAUGUAAGUACACCUUCAAUGUUAGACUAAAUUGUUAAUGUGAUAUAAUUACGUACACUGUUACACCCUGGGCCCGCUCGUUGUUACACCGGUAGGGCGUCACUCUCUCGUGUUGGACGUGUCUAGAACUUGACCCUGUGAGCUUGUUGAGUGCGUGGCGAUCCUUGUAAAUGUCUCCUCAGGGCCCCGUAGUCUGAGAUUCUACAAUUGCGUUAUCUGCUGUUUUCGGUCGUUCGUUCCUAAAAGUUCCUUUCUCUGGAAGCGUCGAUGUGUUUUGUAUUAAAAUUUGCUCAAUAUGUUCGGCGAUGAUGCGAAUCCUUGUUUCUUGUUAGAGUUCAUUUCUAUUUGUCCGUUGUAUAAAUUGGUAUGUAAUAAUAAGUGUUGCAUUGUACAAUAUCAAACACGUUUAUGAUACUGUUACCUAUAUACCUAUCACAGUACAGACGCACUGGUAUGAGGUCAUAGCCAAAUUAAUGAACGCAAUUUUGCACAAAAACACAUUGUUAUCGGAUGAAAAUAUUUACAAUACGUAAAGUUUCCUUUGUAUUCGCGUAGUGAUAAAGUGACGGACGAUAUGUAUUUAUCGCUUGCACAGUCUAUUGUUUCGACUAUAUUGUAUUAUAUUAUGACAGUUAAGCUGGUAUUGGGAGCAUAAUUUCCGAGGUUGUGAGCUUUGCUAUCGGGAAUGAGUUUCAAGUUUAAUUAAUUAUUAAAUAUAUAAAUAUAAUUAUUCAUUUUGACGCACAACCGUGUUGUGUGUUAUUGUAAAAAGCGUUUGUUUGUUCUUUUAUAUGUGCCUACUUUCGUAAUAAUAUGUGUUUACCUGUAUUUUAUCUCGCUGUGUGACAAUAGCAAAGGGCUUGUUCAGUUAAUUUAUAAUCUAGUUCAUUGCAUUUAAAGAGAUACGUAGUCAUAAGUAUGGAAUAACAGAAAUUAUUGCUGAACUUCUUCACAGUAGAUGUCGAUGUAUUUACGUUCCCCCGUCUUUUUUGCUAUUGCACCACAGUAUAAUAAUAUCGUGAACAAUCCAAAUAGAAUAUAGGAAUAUAAAUACAUAUCCUUAUUGAAUACUCAAAUCGAUUUCACAUUAAUUUCUCUUGUAACAACAGUUGUGCAAUACAUAUAUAACAAAAUGCUUAGGUAGGUAUUAGGUAUAUUUUCGUUUGAAUUUUACAAAGAAUGCAAAAUCUGUUGUAUUUUAUCGAUAUUUUUACUGAUAAUGAGAGGGACCGCCGACGGUUUUGCGGAGGUGUGUCCCGGGAAUAUUAAGUCAUAAUUGUGUAAUUAUUUUUUAUGAUAAGGCCGGGCCAAAUAUUGCAUUAAUGUAGGUCACACGGCGCUGUAACUCUGUGUCGAGGCAGCCAUUCUGCCCUUUGUAUUAUAAUUGUAUGAUGAACGAACAUCUCAGUGGCUGAAUGAAAUAUUAAUGUUUAUCGACAGUGUUAGAAAAUUGUUAUAAAUUAUUUUGAUGACUGUUCGAAGGAUAAUAAAGAGUUGGAUGUCAA